AUGGACCCCAGCUGCUCCUGUUCCACUGGUGGAUCCUGCACCUGUGCUAACUCUUGCAAACUCACCUCCUGCAGGAAGAGCUGCCACUCCUGCUGCCCCAUGGGCUGUGCCAAGCGUACCCAUGGCUGUGUCUGCACAGCAGCACUGGACAAGUGCAACCGCUGCCCCUGAUGCCAGGCAGAUCCCGCUCCCGGAUGUAAACAGC